UUGCGCAUUUGCUUUAAAGUGAAUGAAAAUAAUGGAUGAAUCUGACAGAAAUAAUUUCCAUGAUUAUUCAACAACAGAGUGUGUUGCCCACUUGAUUGAAAAAUCAACCGAAAAAUCGUCGAAUUUCCUAAAUAAUAUUUGGACAAAGGGGACAUCUGCAGAAAUAGAUGAAAUUAAAGUUGAGAGUGAAGAUGAGGUACUUAGCAAUAAUUUAAAAGAAACAGAAUUCUUCGAGAGUGAUCCAUUGCAACCACAAGAUGACAAUGUGCCAGAAUUAGGUGCUGCACAAUGUUCUUUUGAUCCGAACCAAAUGUACUUUGUAAAAGAAGGAAAAUCUGACAGGUUACAUGAUUCUUCGAAGGAAUGUGAGGAUUUCUCUGACGAUGAUGGCGAUGCUACAGACUACUUUGAUAGUGAUGACGAAUACCAAGUGUCCUGUAAUAGACGUCUGAUGAGGGAAGCCGAUGAUGACUUCAUACAUGGGGGAUUCGAUCGCUACAGUACAACACAGACAGACGGUAGAUACAGUAAAGGUGUAGAGCAGUUUGUGAAUAUGCCAGUUUACUUGAGAUCAAUCCGAAAGUUUGCUACGGAUAAUAAUUUUGAGUUGUGGAAUGGAAAAACCGAUGGAAGUUGCAUGUUCCGAUCAAUUGCUGACCAGUUAAUGAUAAAUGGUCACUUUGGCCAUACAACAGACACGCUAAGACAUUUGGCUAUUGAGUAUCUCCGAGACCAUCCUUUGCAGGAGGAUGGUUGUCCAAUAACAUCAUUUUUAAGUUCCGAAAGCUGGGAAGAAUAUCUGACAAGAAUGUCUAAUCCGAUAGAAUGGAGCGAUCACAUAAUGUUGAAGGCAAUAGUUGAUGCUCUUCAUCUUGAAUCCGUUGUAUUUAAUAUUUAUAAAGAUGAUGUUCGACGCACAGAAGUGAAAUCCUCCAGGAAAGAUGUUCCAUACCCAGCAUUGAUUAUUUACCUCGGACAUUUGGGAGAAUUUCAUUAUGUCAGUCUUCGUCCAAAGAAAUGGGAAAAAUUAUGGACGUACAGAGCACUUCUUCAUCGAACACUUUUCUGUGAAAGCAAAUAUCCAUCGCACAGAAUUUCAAAGCACUCUUUAGAAAGAUAUAAAGAUGCUGGUAUCAAAGGGAACAUCCACGACAUUGGAUUUCAAAAGUUAGUUACUUCACUAUCACAAAAGGCAAAAGGUGAAGACCAGGGUGGUGUGAAAAGAGAAGAAUCAGAGAGAUUGAUUCCUCAAGAGAGUUGUUAUAUAUCCACGUUCAAUUCCUAUGGAUUAGAUGAACUCCAAAACGAUAAUACAAAUGAUUUGCUUGAUUGUCUAAUUGAAGACCCUUUGCAUGUCGACGCCUUGACUGGGAUACCUCUUCCACAUCUAAGUUUUAUUCUUAAGCUUACUUUUCCAAAAGAACGUAUUAAGAAUUACUCUUACAUAGGUGGAUGUAUGGAACUCGAAAAUCAAUGGUUUCUGUGUAUUGGAACAUUUGCUACUGGUGACAAUGUUGCUUUAAAAGAUCUUACACAAGAGAGAAAAAUAUUUAAAAAUCAAUGCAGAUUUAUGAAAAGAGAUCCCUCAGUAGUUGCUGUUAAUAGUGACAAUUAUAUACAGUUUGAAUCAGCUGGUCUUAGUCUAAGAAACAAAAAGUCUAUUGUGCACGCUGACUGCAGCGCUACACAUCCAGGAUAUUGCUGGUUACGUCCCUUAGAAAGUCAAACCUCGUUUGUCACAAAAAGCGUUCCUGGGUUUAAUGAUGGAGUAUUCCUCACAAAACAAGAAUUGCCCAAAGAAAUAACACUUCCUCCCUUUACAAGGCAAUGCUGCGUUGGAUUAGUUUGCAAAGAAUUUCCUGCAGUUGCAAAGGAAUGGGUACAACGCAAUCGAAAAUUCGAUUGGCCACCCUCCUACAUAAUAUCCAGGAUUGUGAGUGGUGGCACAUGUACUUUGAUUCAAAAGGGUCAUCCUUUAAGUGUUCAUCCCGACAUUGAAUGGAAAUUAGAUUUUUCAAUGGCCUAUUCUUUUCUUUUUUUGGAAGCCCUAGACAAUUUUCAGAUUCAUGGUUAUCAUGUUGUUAAAAUUAUGGUCGAAGAGGCGACUAGAAUAUUAACCAAAGGACUCAAAAGAAAGCAUAUUCUCUCAGUUUUUCUGUAUGCGUGCGAGGAAAUACCUCAACAGAAAUGGAAGACAAAUCUUACUGGGUGUGUUUUACGAACACUUUCAUUGAUGAUUAUCUAUCUGAAAAGGAGAUAUAUUCCACAUUAUUUCAUAUCAUCGAACAAUAUCAUAGAUGAUUUUACGGAGGAUGAAAUUGACACUAUAUGUGUCUUUGUCGAGGCAAUGCGUCUAUUUCCAGCGAUGUUUGUAAGCUUAGUUGCGAGAAGACACGGAUACACGUUCACUGAAAAUCUGCGUUUAGGUGUUUUAAAUGACUGCAAAGGGUUUUCAAAGUCUAGAAAUUUGAAUGGAUUGUACCGGAAAAAAUUUGCCCCGAUGACACUACGAGUUUCAAAAUUCUUUUGUCGUCUAGGAUUUUACAAAUCAGCAUUUGAAUUGAUUCGAAAAAUGUUUGAGGAAAUGUUGGAAAUACAUCUACCAAAUGAAGAAAAAACCCUCAAAAGACCAACAUUUUCUGACUUCUUUCUCAAGGGAAUACGCGAAUUUAAGCAAAAAACAACACGAGGGAUUUUGGGUCAGCUGUUUGAUAAGAACAAUAAAUCUGACAUUUUUACACGCUGUUCAAAUGAGAGUUUUAAAAUUGUCCAAGAUGUUGUUCCUUGGAAAGUAGACUUUACAUUAGCUUGGAUGAGAAUACCAACAGAAAAAUCGCGCAACUUUGCGUUAUUAGCGUCAUUUUUCUACGAUCUCAGUUAUUCUCAGUAUCAAAUGGAAAAUGUCAAUAUAUCAACCGUUGCAAUAGAUAUAGCAAUUCUUUGUAUUAAGCGCGCGAUUUCAGAAGAAUUGUUUAAUACGGAAGAGGUUGAAGACAAAGAGCUGCAAAAAGAAAUAAUGAUAGAGCAAAAAGAUUUCAAAAGAAAUCUCAAAAAUAGAUUAUUUUAUUACUAUAUUCAUGCUUACAAAAUUUCUCUCUUGGAUGGGUGUACACAUCCAAUAGCCAUCUAUAUGACCGCAAUCGAAGAAAUUUCAGACGAAUUUCCGGAACAUUUUGAGGUAGUUGCAAGUAUGUUUUGUUGGACUCGAAAUGAUAAAAAAGGACGUGAAUACCAAAGAAAAUUUGACGAUUACAUUUCACGACAGAUGAUGGGUGGAGCAAAAUUGACUAGUACUUGAAUUAAGAGGGAUUCCAGUGAUAUUGCCAGUGGUACUAAAUUUACAUUUGACCAUGACUAAUUU